AUGGAAGAAUCAGCUCCUUCUUCUCUUGGCAGGAUGGCGAAUGACGAGAACGAUGCUCUGCCGAGAAAGACUGUACCCCAGCACCUCCAUAAUGCUACCCAUACCCAUCAUUCUCCAGAUCCCACGGCCACCUCUUCGUCUCACACUAGCAGUGAGAAAAGUUUGGGACGUCCCGCCCGCAUGAGUGUAAAGGCGCGUACUACGGGUACCAUCUACCACUAUCCAUCGAGCGAUCAGCCGUCUUCUGUUCUGGACCGUGCCAAAUUGGAAGAAUUCCAUUCGUCCGUCAUGAUGUUACAGCAAGAAGAAGACGUAGAAGCGAGACCCUCCACCAUUGCCGAAGACGCUCCUCCAUCAUCCGAAGAAGGAGGCCCGCGUCGUCAAUCCAGUUUUACCAACUUUGUCCAUGCAGCCAAGAAAUACUGGAAAUCCAAUCUAGCAGGCGAAACUUCCUAUGUCCGCAAAGACAGCAUCAAGGCUCAUCAAGCCAUUUCAAUUUAUCCCACACUCCCCAAAACAGAACGCUCACUGGCGGAUCGACCUUCUACCAACACCACGGCCCUUCAAAAGUUUCAACAAUCCCACGAUCAAAAAAUGAAGGCGUGGAAACAAAUAUCCAGUAGUACCAAUUCGGCUACUACAACUUCGCAAGAACAACGACGACAACGAAUGAUGAAUGAAAGUACCGGGAAUAUCAAUUCUUCCAGUCGAUAUUAUCCCUCUACAACAACCAGUGCCAGUAUGCAUCACAGCACCAAUAGUGCGGGUGGUGGCAGAAAACGAACCUCCAUCUUUUCUUCUUCGCUACGACAACAACCACAAGAUCGAUCACGGAGACCCUCGACGUAUGUUCCAAAAAGUUCCAAUAAUGCGAGUUUUCGAUCCACAAGUAGUAGUUUUCGAAGGAGCUCCAACAAUGCACGCCUACAACAACAUCAGCAACAGCCGCCUCCAGCACUCAUCUUUCCUCCAAGACAGCAAUCCGAACUAAUGGAUGACGAUUCUGAAGUGGGAAUCUUUGAAUUGUUUGCCCAACGACGAGCCACCAAACUAGUAGAACCACCCACGCAAACACAAAAACAACAACAAACACCUAUACAAAAACAAAAACCACAUCAACAAUCUGAAGCACAACAACUACAACUAUCUGAAACAUGGCACGACGAAUCCGAACAGAGUAUUUCAAUGGAAAAUUCCAGUCAUCGCCCUCUCAUGGUGGAUAAUUCCAUGCAACAAUCGUCCCUCACGCAAUAUUCCACAACCAGUCUGCAACAGCAAAUACAACAACAAAGCAAUCAUUUGCCAAAUUUGUUGGGAAUGGAACAUUCCACGUCCAGUCAGCUGUUGUUGCCACCAAAACCUGUCGUGCAGUCCCAUCCUGAAACGUCCGUGGCCCAUCAGACGGAUAUGUCUCCCAGAGGAGGAUCAAUGGAGGAGAAAGUCAGUGCAACUCAGCAUAAUAAUACGGAUUUCUCGCGCAGAGGAGGAGGAAGGCAGGAAUCUAUGAUAACCCUUCCAACUCGGAAUGAUAAUAAUCACAAUCAACAACCUGACAAUGUUAGGGGUUUCUCGCGCGGAGGAGAAAUGGAGGAAACAGUCAUGGCGAUGCCAACCCCAAAAUCACAACAGCAGAUUCCAGAAUCAAAGCCGCAAACUGACUUUUCAGCUCGGGGGUCAAAUCAUAAUGACAAAAUCACUAGUACCAAACAAGACGUUGCGUCAGCCCAGAGUGAUGAUGAAAAGCAGCAACCAUCGCAAAAGCAUGCCGCUACACGAGAAGAUAUUGUUCGAAUUAUGGAGCAAACUAGUUGGGAGCGUGAUAUUGGAGCAGCUGAAUAUCAGGCACAGCAAGCCAAGGAAGAUACCACAACGACGACAUCAACAACAACUGCAGCAAAACGGGGGAACAGUAAUCACAGCAGCACGUCGAGUAUGCCAUAUCCUUCACAGCAGUGCAAGGAAGAAGUACGGGCAGAUUCUUCGAUUCAAUCGGAACAUGCUGCACGUCAACGACAAUUCGUCAAGAGUCAAACUUCAGAAAGCAAGCAGCAGGAACUAACAGAGAGAGUUUCAACAGCCAUGGGGAGGGCAUCCGGGGCAAGCCUCAUCUCGUUGGAGGACUUGGAGGAUACAAAUCAUGACGGAGCUCCACGCCAACGCAGCUUACCCAUCUGUACAGUCCCUACGCAAGCUGCGCCGCGACAAGUCGCUUGGACACGGUCACCGUCACAAACCACCGUUUGGACACGGACGACGCCCCGAAGAUACCGCUCUGCAGCUUCGGAAAAGGAAAUACGUUCCACAACCAGUGAUGACGACGUCAAGCCAGGAGCAUACCAACAAGCACCUGGAAAGGCGAGCGAACGCAACCGGGCCAUUCGGAACUCUGUCAUUUCCGCACAUAGUAUGAGCGCCCAAAUGUCCUUUCAGCGGGGAGAUAUGAAGGCUAGUGCACGAUCCUCCAUAGACAGCCAGAACCGUGAUGAUAUCAUCGGAUACGACAGUGGCCAUGCAAGCGAUAGUGGACAGAGGGGCGAUGGACAUAAGAAGAGAGCUUCGUUAUCAUCCAUUAUCAGUAUCGAAGAUGAGAAGGAACAGCAAGAAGCCUCGGCCACCGACUUUUACGAACCCAUGCCAAACUAUGCGGAGGAAACGAAACUGUCCACGACCACUGCCGGUCGAGCACCGGGAGCCAACGAAGUCGCAGCAAGAGAGAAGGAAAACGACUACGAUCGCAAAAUGGCAGCAUGCAUCGCAUGUUCACACGACACAGACAUCUCCACCGACGAAGAAUCAGAGCAACGGUCAUUUUUGGGAAGUUCAACUCCUGGUCAGAGGCUGAGUAGAGAUGCGGAAAACUACAGUGGUUCUUCAGGGAACCGUUCGGCGUCACGCUCGCCCCCGAGAACGGGCUCUCGACGUGGAGGGAGAAGGCCUGUUAGGAAUGUGAUUCAGAGAUUCUCCGUCCGAUCGCAGAUGUCCAAUCUAACAACCGAGGACGAUAUCUACCACGGUGCUCCGCGGACGCGGGACACAGAUGACGAGGAAGAAAAGGAGGAGAUCCAAGCGCCAGAAACUGCUGCUCCGGAUGACUUGCCACUACUACUGAGCAUGGAUCAGGACUACAAACAGCCGAGCGAUUCGCGUUCGAGAAGCAACAGCUACUACAACGGAAGCAACAACACGUCGCCUACCAACAGUCCAAGACGCGCCAGGUCCCACGAUCGCGUGACAAACGCUGGACUACGAAGCAACAGUGCGUCACCUACCAACCAAAGACACCCUUGGGGUUCAAAUCGACCACCAGCGAACAAUGCCAGUCUCAUGGUACCUAAUCGAGCACAGAAUUUGCCGAUUUCACAACGUCGCUUCAGCGGUUACAGCAACCUCGCUACUAGCAAUGAUUCCGCCAAGAUUUGUGGAACUAGAGCCAGUCUCAAAAGUGUCAGUGAGAAAAGCAUGGAAGACUCUAGUGAUCUUUCACUGACCGAUUUGCGGCAGCGCGUGAGUAAUUGGACAACAUCAACCGGUUCCACCACGGCUUCUGAGGCAGCCAAGUUGUCGGCGACUCGAAUUGCUCGCAACAUGAGCCUCUACAUGAAAGCCGGAGCGUUGCCCGUGGCAGCCAGGGUGGUAAAUUGUGACGAUGAAGAAUUCGAGGCCAAGUUGAGAGAAAAGCUUGAGUUUGAGCUGAGGCAAGAGUUAGAGAUUGAAAUGGAAGAUUUUCGUCGCCAGAUUGCACUGCAAAUGGUGGGUGCAGCUCAACCGGUGACUGCGGAUGUCAUCGCUGUGCAAAAGCGCAUGUCGUUGAUUGACGAUUCUCACCGCAUGUCAAUGGUCGACGAUUCCCUGACAAACAACGACCUUGAGGAUGCAAGUGAAGACAUGGGAGAUCUUCGAUUUGCGCAAAUUAUGGAGCUUGAAAGAAGGGAGGCAGCUGCUGUGAGAUCUGAUAUGAACCGGGAAUUGGGGAGAAUGUACGUUCAAAUGAAAAGCCAACAGAACAUGCAAGAUCUCAGCAACGUGGACGAACACGGGGAGCAGCGUGAAUCCUUUUAUGACGAAGAAGCUGCAGUAAUCGAACGUCUGACUUCCGCAGCCGGAGGCGACGUGCAUGACGACAAGGCAACCGAUUUGCCGAGCUGGAAGGUUCUUUGGAUGGCAGUGUCGUCGGCCUUGAUUGUUGGACUGCUGCUGGGAGUGGUGGUUGCCGUGGCGAUCUAUGAAUCUAGCUAG